AUGGCCCGCCACCACAAGAAAUCCUCCAGCCUCAGCCUUUCGCAAUCUGAGCCGAAGAGUAGCGAUGAUGGGUCAUUGUCCUCCGAAGAGUCGUUUGGGUCAUCUUCAGAUGAGCCGUCUUUGGGGUCCCAUAAGGGGUUGGCUAAGCCUAAAAGGCUCGAGAAAAGGUAUAUUAAUGCAUAUAUCCUUAGAAAAGCUAAUGACAGGAAAGGACCAGGAUCUAUUCGGAGUGGGAGGGAGGAGUGUAUGCACGUUGCAUGCUGGAUCCCUCAUGGUAUCAACAUGUUCAUCAUUCUGAAGGAUACCUUUUGUAUUGCCAGGACUAAAGACGCUCAAGAGUGUCAAAUGAAGACUUACCAGAGAAUCAUCUCCUCUGCCCCUUACCUCCGCACUCUCGUUCGAGGACACCAUAACAGGAAGAAGCUAGAAGCAGAGUUGAACAGUAUUUUGUCAGAGAUGCAGGAAAUCAUUGGCCAAAUUCGGUCCAAGGACACAAGUCACCUCAAACCAUUUAUAGGUAACUACGUGGUUGCCCAACCUGGGAUCAAGGGACUGGAACCUCUGAUUUUUUUGGAGAACAAGAAGUCCUGUGCUAGAAUGGGUGUGAACCACCCGCACCUGGCGGGCAUGUUGUGUCCGGUCAAGCACGUGAAAGCAUAUCACGCUGAUCCGAAGAAGGUACAGGAAAAACUUCAAAAUGGUGAAAUCAAGAUGGUUGCAGGUAUUGAUUUUGACAUUGAAGACAUCCAGGAAGGUCUCCUCAGAGGUCACCUGCUGAAACACGUACUUUGA